AGUCAAACUGACGUCUAGACAAACGAAAUCCAUCGCUCAAAUGUCAAACAGCUGGACUUUCGAGGAUGGAUGAGAUAAAGACGAAAUUCUUAGAUCUAAUCCAUAAACAGAAUCGCCAUGUUAAGAUUCCAGCAAUGGGAUUUUCGGAUUAUUUCAUCCAGAACGUCUCGAGCACCCCCGACGCAACACCAAAGGAUCGGAAGCCAAAGAGCCUACAAAGCACGGAGGACAAUAAGAUGUCUGACCAGGAGAUCCUCGAGGGAAUCGAACGAAUAUAUUUCGAGGAAAAUGCCGACUUGGCCACCUACGAGCUAAAGAAAUUUGAACAAAACGAACUAACAUGUGAAAAAGUUCAGGAAUCAAUGAUAGUUCUGAAGCAGCAACAAAAAGUAAUUUCGAAAAAGGUACUCCAACAUAUUUUAGAGCAACGCAGUUCUUGCAAUGAGGAGUUCCAGAGAAUUGGUGAUGCCGAAAAAGAACUUGAAGAAGCACUUUGGGUUUGCCGAAAAGCUCGCUCUUAUUUAAGUUAUGCAAAGAAACAUUUAACCACUACGAGCCUCGAAAUACUAGCGACCUAUAGAAAAAGAGAAAUCCUAUUGGAUUUACUAAAAUCUUUGAACGCAAUCAAAAUUUUGAAAACAACUGAUACCGAAUUGCAAAAGCUUCUCCACGACAGCAAUUAUUCGGGGGCGAUAUCUCUAUUGUUAGAAUGCAAAGCAACAGCUUCAGAAUACACCCAGUACAAAUGUGUCGAAUCUCUAAAUCAGAAACUCCAGGAAACGCUGAUGCUAACGGAAUUCCAGCUGGAUAACGUCCUAAAUGAAAUGACUCAGAAUUUCGAUGCCAAGAAAUAUGGAAAGUUACAGGAAGCAUACAAACUAUUGAAUAAGUCACUAAUCGCAAUGGAUCAGCUUCACAUAAAUUUCAUUUCUGCCAUACACUCCACCGUCAAUGUUGUGCUACGUUCAUAUAACGAACCAAGUUCGGACGACAAACAGAAACAACUCUUCGAACAAUUAUGCGAAGGGGUUGCUGCUGAUAAAUACAUUCAAUGUCUGAUAAAUUUGUGCAAAUCAUUUUGGACAAUUCUAGUUUCAUAUUACCAAAUUGUCCUAUGGCACCAGAACUAUAAACUAUUUCCAUCGGAUUCUGCCGAAUGUCAAGAUUCCUACAUACAGGAGAAGUUGAAAAAAGGUCAAUCGCGAGUAUGGAAUGAUAUCCAAUCAAAAUUAUGUACUUAUUUAUCAAGUCAAAAGCUACGCACCUUGAAAUACGAGCAAUUUAUUCAAGUACUCUCUAUUAUACAACGACUAAAGAAAGUUGGAGUUGAAUUUUGCGGUGAAACUUCCAACAAACUUCUGGAAACGAUGCGUCUCCAAAGCACAGAAUUUUUCUACCGCUAUCACGUAUCCUGCUUGGAAGAGAUUUGUCUAUUUCUUGAUCACGAAGCCUGGGUCCCGGUGGAUUCAUUUACAAACAUUUUGCAAUUACAAGAGUUCCGUUCAGUUCGACAUUCAUUACAACGCCGGAAAUCGCCAACUAUAGACCAAAAAGUUGCUGUGCUUACAACUGACGAUAAUGGAGCGGUGAAUGGGAAAAACCACAACAGCGAUGAACUUGUUUCAGUACAUUCUCAAGAUGGAAGCUCGAUAUAUGAGUCCUGUGGAUAUUUUUUACGUUUUUCUGAGAAAAGUUCUCCAUUUGACGGUGGAUUAGAUGCCGCAAUGUUAGAAGAAGACAUCUUGUCAGGGAUUGUAGAUGAAGCAUCAUGUUACUUUUCUGAAGAGAGUGAAGAUGACGAUGUGAAGAAUAGCUUUUUGUCGAAAAGCGAUGAUGAUAGCGAUAGUAAUGUACAAUUAUUCGCUAAUAAUACAUCGCUUAAUGUCCUUCGGUGCAUUGGAAGAUAUUUGCAAAUGUGCAAACUACUUCACUCAAUAUCCCCGCAAAUCAUAUGUUCUAUUUUCGAACUGAUAGAUUUUUAUAUGUUCGCUGUACAUGAAUUGUUUGGGAAGGACUCUGAUGGCCAUAAAAGGCCGGUGCCAAUGGAAAAUUUAUACACAGAGAGAUUGCUUGUUAAAUUGAAAUAUAUUUCCGAUCAAAUUAUUGUGAAAAUUAAAGGAUGGCCCCUAAAUUUUUCAUCUUUGAUAAACAAUGAGCUUAGUAACCCAGAAACGCUAUAUGGUCUCUCCCAGCGGAUAGUUGGGAUUGAGAGUGGUAUCUGUAUGGCAAAACAACUGCAACAAUUACAUAAAUAUUUGGAACAUUUACUUCCGGCAAGCGAUCAUCAGAUUCUCUACGACUAUUAUCAAAAUAUUGAUUAUAUCUACGACGUUUCAAAACCUAUCUACAUGUGUGUGACUUCUCGCGCUUGUGAUCUCCACGGCAUUCUUUCGACUAUGGGGAAAGUUAAGUGGGAUGUGAACCACGUCAGUGUUCAGCACAGUCCGUACAUUGAUACAAUGAAUCGAAGCGUUCAAACGUUUGCAAUGAGAAUGGAGGAAAUCUCUAAAAUUGUACCUGUACCAUUCGAAUGCGUGUGGAACAGUCUAGCACAUGUAACAACACAUCUUCUGGUGGAAGGUUUCUCCAAUACCAAAAAAUGUUCCCCAGGAGGGCGAGCCCUGAUGCAAUUGGAUUUCACACAUUUUAUGUCUAUCCUCGAGUUACUGUCAGGAAUGAAAUUUCCACAGUAUCGAAAUUAUGUGGAUUCAUAUGUUAAAGCAUAUUAUUUCCCAUCUGAAUUGUUGGAGGGCUGGAUACAAGAGCAAUCUGAACGCAAUGAAUAUUCGAGCAAACAAUUAUCAAGUCUGAUAAAUUGCGUUUGCUCCAGUGAUAAACGAAUGAAACAAAAAAUAUUGGGAUUUUUAGGGAACGUUAAUGAAAAUAGUUAAAAUAGAAAUACAAGCGAUGGAGAAGAAAUGUGCAAAGCCCUUAAAUAUUGUAUUUUAUAGCGCGACAAAGAUGUAUUUUAUUAGAUUAUAAUGCUGUUAUUUCCAUUCCUUUUGAUUUGCGUUUACAUAUUGAUAUGGGAACAUUGAAUCUCUGUAAACUUUUCAGAAGCAAAGCUAAGGAGAAUACGAAUAGACUUGACAGAAUCUCCUCUACUUAAACAUUCCUAAUUUAUUGUAUUAUUUUUGUGUUUUUUAAAUACGAAUAUUCUAUCCCUAUGUUGUGACUAACGAUCUCCGCGAAGCAAAAUUUGUUAACAUGAACAAAGUUUAUAAUAUAUUUUAUUGUUUUUUCCUUAUUUGAUAAA